AUGAGAUUGAGCUCGGGAGAAAUGAGAUCCAGGUCAAAUGGUUCUAGUACCCUAUCAAACAUUCUCCGGCAAUAUAGCGAUUCUGUUAGCGAGGGUGAGGGGGUUGGGUACAUUGGAAUCGAGUGGAAGGGGCCUUUUCCUCUUCAUAAUACAAUCAUUCAACAUAUCAAACGUGUACAACUACUCAUAGGAAAAUCACCCUCUCUUGUAUAUGGUGUGAUUCCAAAUAUUAAAUAUGGCUAUAUAGGAUUGGAAAAUGUCUUGUAUGUCUUUCCCUUAGAAGAAACUGUACAAAAAAUCUCAAAAAGAGAUCCAUCAGUUGGCUCCUCCAUUGAUAGACGCAGUAUUAGUAGAAUGAAAAGUACUUCAUCUAAUUUUGACCCAGAAUUUGAUGACAAGGCAAUUUGUGACGGAUCAGUUCUUACCAUAGUUUUUCCAUUUUCAAUAAAGAAUGUGACAGGAGCAUUUCCUAGAGUUGGAAUUUUCCAUACUGAUGUUGAAUACCUUCUAUGCGUCAUUACAGAAAAUUCAGUUCAUAUAUUGGCUCUGAAAUUCGAUAACUUUAAUUUAAAUAACGAUCAUUCUCAGGUAUAUAACGAUGAUGGAGUUGUUUCAAGAGGAGCUGGAUUAAUUAAAGUCCCCAUUAUGAAGAUUGGAGGGAAAGAUGUUGGAAUGCUUCAGUGUUCUCUUCCAGGUUCUCAGACUUCAAAGUUCCACUCAUUACAUGGUACAUUGGACGGUAGAUUCUUUUUCUUAGAAGAGAACAGUUCAAGUAUUUAUGAGCUGGUAUACCAGUCAAGUGAAGGUUGGAUAACUCCUUACUGCUACAUACACUCUCAUCAGAUUUAUAGUUCAUUUGCAAAAGAGCUGCUUUUGAAAUAUACAUUUCUGAGAUUUAUGCCAAGAUCAUUUUCUAUAAAGAAAAUUUCUUUAGCACCAUGUGGUUUCAUGGCUAUUCUUGAUACAUCUCAAAACAUCUAUCUUGCUGCUUAUGUGAACGACAUUAACAACAAGGCAGCUCUUUCAAAAAUUCUACCUUGGGGCAGAACUGUGAAUUCUUUAGGUUAUUGGGCAUCUAACUUGGAUAUUAGUACUUUUUUCUUACCUACAGACUGGGAUGACUAUAUUUCACCCGAGUUACAGAAUAUUGAGAAACUUCCAGUUAAAAAUGAAAACCUAAAUCUUGAAAAUUUUGGUCUGGGAUUCCUUAAUAAAUAUGAUUCCAAGAAAUUUUCUUCUCCAAGCUCACUGAGAGUUGUCGCAAUGUUAAGGAAAAAGGACCUUUUUGACAUUUUUUCAAAGGUACCGGGAAACCCCCUUUCCAAGAAAAAUGAAGAAUCUUCUUCUAUGCAAUCAGUAAGAACUGAAUACCAAAAACUAUUUGAAAUAAAUGACCUUCAACUUUUUUUUACUUCCGAAUACAACCUUUCACUUUCUCUAUUUACAAACAAUGGCACAAGGCUGCAAUUCCAGUGUUCUAAAAAGCCAAAUGAAGAAAUGCCGUCUAUCCAGAGCGUUAUUAAUGGCUUUAGAUUUGAACCAGAGACUUUUUUUGAGUCACCAAAAAAAAAAAUCCAAACAGAAAAGCUUCAAAAUCAACCAAAAUCAAGUUCUUCUCAACCUGAUGAUUUGAUUUUUGGCUUCUGGCUGACUUAUGUUCUUCCCAUUUCAACCUCCUGUAAUGAUAACUCCAGCAUUUCAAACUCUUAUUAUAGAAAUGGACUUACAAUUAUCACCAGGAAUAUAACAUCUUAUACAUUCCAAAAUUUGAAUACUAACACUGACUUUUCAAGAGCACCAAACAAAAGCAUUUCUCAAAUUGAGCUUCGACUGUUUAGUUCUCUUCCUGCCGAGAUUGGAAUUACUUCUAACUCAAACUUUGGGAAUAGUAUCUUGAAUAACCAAAAUAGUCCAGCUUUUAAUAUCAGAUAUAAUGGCAAUUUCUCUUAUUCUACAAGCCAAUCCUCCAGAGGAGAGCCAAUCAUAAUUGAAUUGGAUGAACAAGUUAAAGCAAUCCAUGAAUUCAAUUCUUUCUCAGAAGAUAUUGAUAGUAAUAAUAACAAUAAUAAUUUAGAAGAUUUCCCAAUUUCAACUGGAAAAAAGAAUAUAGCUUCUCCAAAUGUAUUUCUUGAGUAUGGAGGAAACCCUCUAGGAAACAAUAAAAGACAGCAUGACUUACUUGGAUGGGUCAAAGAUAGGUGCAUUGUAUUUUUAGGUGAAACCAAAUACUUUUUCUUGGUUCUUAAAUGGAAUGGUCUUCAGCAAAUAAUUGGAGCAAGUGGAUUAUUUAUGCAGCUAUUACAAUCCCCACUUUCUUCAAACACAAAUUCGAGCCAAUUUAGGAGACUUGUACACCCUGAAGACUCAUUUUUAACUAAUGAGCACCUUUAUUUGACAUCUCCAUGGAUUGAAGCGCUUUCUGGAGCGAUAGCUUUUGACCUUAAAAGUGUUUUGGAAUUUCCUCCUUUUUAUAAGUAUGAAAAUAACAUGUACUUACAGUUAACUCCUCAAAUUCUGGAGACUUGUUUUUCGAAAUUACAGAGCCUGCUGAAUAUUCUUUCAAGAUCACAAAAUAUAAUAGGGAAUGAGAUUUUUGAUCCUUUUGUACUUCCCACUGUUCCCUCAAGUAUUUAUCGACCUUUCGAUAAAAUCCUGUCUGAAGAGUUGGAUAAAGACUACAGCAAGCAUCUAAAAGACUCAACCACGUUUCUAUUGAAAUCUAUCACUUAUAUAACCAACUUUUUACUUCAAAUAGUCAGGUUUCUUACUGUUUUUGCUGCCUCCCCACAUGAACUUAAGAAUUAUACAUUUAAAACAUUUGAAAAGCAUGACCAGAAUUUAUUAACUGAAAUGCCACUUUUAUACCUAAUUGUUUCAAAUCAAGGAGUCUCUCAGAUUAAGAAGUUGGUCGAAUCUUUUUCAAUAAAUAUUUUGGAAGGAAUUUCUCAGCAGGAUAAUCCAAUCAUUGAUUUAAACUUUGUUACCCAAAUUAAGUUAUUAUACAAAAAGAUAGGUUGGCUUCUUAAUGCAAAAUCCAACCAAAUUAUGAAAAGACUUGCAUUGAUUGCAGAUUUGUCUAUGGAAGUUGGUGAUCAGCAAUAUAAUAAUUACUUUAAAAAGGCCACAAUGAUUGAGAGAAUAUCUUCGAGAAACCUUCCUCCAAUUGGAGGUUUUUCACUUCCACCUUACAAAUACUGGGAGUACUUUCAAGCAGACCCAUCCCAAAACGAAUACUUUAAAGAAAUUUUUUCAUCCUUAUUACUGAAACCAUUACAUAAAGUUGAAGAAACUACUUUACUGCUUUUAGACUGUAUAUCCCACUUUGAACACCUUUUGACUGAACAAUUGAAGAUCAAGCAAAAUCUUAUUGGCUCAGAUUCCCAGGAUGAAUUUAACAGCCAAAACUUUAACAUUUACUUUUUACAUAUUGAACAAAUGAUUAAGGCUUGGUCUAAUUCCUUAUGUGAUACAUUUCUUGAGUUAAUUGACGUUAGGAACCAAUCAUCAUCUGAAAUGAACACUAAUUUAAUAAGGCCUCUUAUUCUUCUUACUAUAAAUCAGCCACUCAAAACACUAUUCUCAUCUUGCUUUAAUCCUAAAAUUCUGGAAACAUGUGUAGGCCACCUUUUAAAAGAUUUAAUUCCUGUAAUGAUAAACAAGCUAAUUGUUACUUUUGGUGAAGAUAAAAAAAGAAAGUCUUGCUGCUGCCAAAUCCUAUUGAAAGAUUUGGUUGAAAUUUGCAAAUAUGAUUCAACCCAAAGGACCAAAUACUCGGAUAAGUCACUUUUGGGUCUUAUUGCUAUCUCUCUAAUUAAACCAUUCAAGUCUCUGAAUACAAAUGAACAACUCAAAGACUAUAACUGGAAUAGUUUUUCUUCAUUUUUAUCUGGCUUAGUGAUUGACAGUAAUUACUCACCCUACUACUUCAUUCUUUCCGCCAUUUACUUAUUAGAAGAUCCUCAUGAGAGCUCUUCUGGAUAUAUUAGAUGUGCCAGUAUAUUAUCAGAGCUUUCUCUGAAUAAUAAUGUAUUAUGUGGAAGUCAUUGUACGAACUUCAGAGCCAGAAUUGAAACUUUAAAGCUUCUGAAAGAAAUUUGUAUCUCAGGAAUGGGGAAAGGCUUAAUUUCAGCAGAUAUGAAUGUUUCACAGUUACUUCCAAGGCUUUUAACUGAACCCAACUUGGAUAGAAAUCAAUUCCAAUUGGACCAUUCUCUUGAAUAUGCGAUCUCAAAUACAGAAGGAAUCAUUUCCGUUUGUUCAAGUCUUCAGCUUCCCUUAUUAGAAUAUAUUGAAAAACUUGCAUUUAGUCAAAGUCAAGCCUUAAAUCAACUUAUAGAAAUUCUUUCUAGACAAGUAUUUACGUGUUCAGAACUUGUCUCUCUAAUUAACAGCAACCAAUAUAUAGAGCCGUUUUUGAUUAUUUCAACUUUACUUGAAUCGAAUGCGUUCACUAAAAAAGAAGAUAAUAAUAUAGAGGAUAUCUGUAGCCAAAUAUCAGACUAUCUCCUUCAAACCCUCAUUCCUCCUAAAGAUCAUAUUAUUUAUAGUCACUUCCAAGAUCGUGAUACUGUAUUUAAACUCCCCAUAUUGAACACAUUCUUUGAUUUUAAUGGCUAUGACAACUUUUCUGAAUCUAUUCAAAUGCUUUUAGAGUUUAUCCAGGCUCCUUUAAUCAACAUAACGGGAUCUUCUUUAUUGGGAUCGCUUUCUAUUGCCCCAAAAACUUAUCUUAGUGUCGGGCUAUCAAACCAGGAAAUAUUUGAAAAGUACGAUCUUUUCCAACAAAUAUAUUCUAUUACUGCAAUUCUUGAAUUUGUUAAUUAUUACAUUCUGAGGACGUCUCAGAAUAUAGACCCUUACGACUUAUCUCAACUCCCAAAAUGCAUUUCAAUACAGCUCUGGAAGAAAUACUGGUCUGUUCCAUAUGAUAUGUUAUUUGACGUUUAUCUUUCAUUACUAGACUCUUCUUUGAGCUCAAACUCCUCAUCAGAUCCAUUUAUGCUCAUUUUUAAUCGAAUUAAAAUCCUUGAACCACCUGAAUUUAAGAAUGAGCUUGUUUCCAGUUAUCAUGACUCCUUUAUUCUUCACUUAAGAAAGUGUAUUAUUGGAAUCCUCAAAAGCUGGUUAGAAAAUAGAAAACUCUUUCCAGUUAGCCAAAAUCAUAUUUUCAUGGCUAAUAACUUUUUAAUUAGUACUUUAAAUUAUCUUCAAAAAACUUAUCCUAGAGACCAAUCUCAAGAACUUAUUAAUACUGUCGAAAAUAUUCAACUUGAAUUACAGAGUUAG